UAUUAUUCACCAUUUAAAGUGACUAAAAUAUCAUUCACCUUUUAAAAUGAUUAAUAUUCAUAAAUUAUAUAAUAAUUUUUACAAAAAAUAAAAUUGUUAACAUAUGCUAAAUUUUAAUAUUUAGAACUAUAUAUCAUCUAUUUAGUUAUUUUUAAAAUAGCAGCAAUAUAUUAUCAUAAAUUAUUAUAUACAAAAUAAUAUAAAAUUUUAUAUUUAUCAAUGAAAUGUUACCCGCACGGGUGUGCAGGUUAAAAUCUAGUACCGUGAUUAUAAUUAGUGUUGCCUUCAGGAGUGGACAUGUUACUUCUAAUAUAAAUACUUUUAGUUACUUAAAAAAAUACUAUUAAUGCUGCAGCAAUAUGUGGGCUUGUUGUAAAAGCUUUUCUCAAUUAAACAUAGAACUUGUUGGGCUUCAAAAUCUCAAAUCUUGAGUAAACUCUUUAUGUCUCAUUAGUUUUUGUUAGGAGUGAACCCAAUCACUCAUUUGAUACCUUAGAACACAAGUUGCUUUGAUGCCAAUUAAGGUCUCUUUUCAAAACUAAGAGAAUUUGUGAAAAACAAACUAAUAAAACAAAACACAAGUUACUACAAUUUUCUCUUCUUCCCUUUCAUUUAAGGUAAAAUGAUCUUAAAGACAUAAUAGAUUAACUAACUAACAUGUCAAACCUGGUCUAACACAUCCACAAAUUAAGAAAACACAAAUUCCACUAAUCAUAAACUUAAAUAAAGAUAAACAUUUCAAAACCAUUAUUUUGGUCUAAGGCCACAUCAUCUUCUUCUGUACAUUGUGUCUCAUCAGUUUCUCCUUCCUCCUGCGUUCGUUUGACACUCAAAUGGGUUCGUCUGCCCCACAUGGAUCUGUUGAUCCUAUAACAUGGAAAGAUCCAGCGAAGGCGUUAACAACUGUGGCGUCUGGAUAGAUUCUACUUAUGAGCUUCCGAUCGGUAAGUUAGAAGUAUUAAAUCCAUGACCUGGAGGAAGACACAGCUGUUCUUAAUAAGGAGAGUGAUAUUUUGACCGGUCGUAUGAGUAUCAAGAGCAAUCUUCUGCAUCAAGCGUCGAUUGACUCUACCGGCGUCUUUGCUUCUCUACUAUGUCUACUUUUCGGAGAUGAUAAAAAAUGACAGGAGAUUGAUUGGUUUAAAUUCAACGAGGUUAUAUUAGUUAUCUACAGAUGUAUAUGUUUGUAUUAUCUCUGUCUUUGUGUAACGAUGAGACUGAAUGAGUAGGGUUUUAUUAGUUAUCUAAGGUUAUCUAAAGUUUUAGAGACUGAAUGAGUAGGGUUUUACGAUGAUGUGAUUAUGAAAAAAUGGUGUAACGUUUUGGACUUUUGGGUUAUUGAAACGCUGCUUCGUGUUCACAUUUUUGAAAGAGUAAGAAUUGCAGGUUCAUUUUUGACACAUUUUAACAAAUAAUUUACUUGCUUUUUGAACUAUAGACACAUAGAUUUUGAUCGGUAACCGGCAGAAUGACGGAACAAUGUCUAAAAACACAAAAAUGCAAAAAAAAUUACCAAUAAAAAAAUUGCGGAAUAGAACAUAAAACGCAAAAACGCGGGCUUUGCGUUUUUGCUGAAAAAAUACAAAAAAGUUCUCAUUAAGUGAAAAAGCGAGAUUUUUUUUUUGUCAUCAGCAUAAACAGACUCCUAAGACUUUGUAAAUUAAACCGGUAAUUCUGCAUCCAUAUGAAUGACAAAAGACGGCUGCUUCCUAUCACUGUGUGCAAGACAAUCCGCCUGUGUAUUAUGUGUUCUGGGUACAUGAAUGAUGUUAGAGUUGUGAAACAUUCUUUCAGGAUCUUGAUAUCGUCCAAAUAACUUGCAAAAGCUGGUCAUUCUUAUAGUUCUGAAACCAUAUUUACCAAUUGAGAAUAAUCCAUUGCAAAUAUGAUCUGAAACUGACGUAAAUUUCGCAUACAUUCCAUUUCCCAAAUAAGCGUUUCCACUUCCGAGUGAAAAGGUGACAAACUCACCCUUGUAUUCUUUGUGCCUAUCAAACCAUCAAAACCUUCCAAAGUACUAUAUCAUCCUUGUCCUCAAAAAAUCUUCUGAUAUUUCCAUGACCCAUCUAUAAAGCACCAUACACCUGGAAUGAUUGGUAGAUUAGUGGCCUCGAUCUCUAUAUUUUGGGGAACCCAUUUUGUCAGUGAAACUUGUGCUUCAGUCCACAAUAGAGACUUCAUUUAUGCUAAUUUUAAAGUGUCCAUAGGAUAGAUAUCUAUAUUACUAAAAAGUGAUAUUUUAGCAGAUUAUUUGUGGAAUCAGCCUUUUUAUAUUGUUUUUGAAAAUAAUAUAACUUAAGAUAAAUAUUAGUUAAUUAUAAAUAAUUAUGGAAUAAAUAAUAUUAAUCUAUAACUUCAUUUUAAAUCUAUAUGUUAAUAUAUUAUUAUAAGUAUUUAGAGUAAGAUAAAUAAUUAAGAUAUAAUAAAUGUUUUGAUUAAAAUUAAUUGGUAUUUUAUUAUAAUACCAUUUAGUUAUUCAUAGUUAUUAAUUUUCAUAGUUAUAUUCCGCCAUUCCGUAAAGUUUAUCCAGUUGUUUAGAAAACUGUUCCGCAAGUUUUAUUCAGUGGAUUUCAAAAAUUUCCUCAACUUAAUUAUUUUUCCACAGCUUAAUUAAAUUUCCUUCGUAAUUCUCGAUUGAGCAAAGUCACCAAUUGAAGCCAUACUUACUGUUUCUGUUUCUAAAAAAUCUCAUUUUCUUGUUAUACAUUGAAUGUCAUUUUAAAAUUGGAUUUUUUUUUCAAAUAUAACCUAAAAUUUCAAGUCAAACACAAAAUAACCCAUGUUUUUUUGUAAUUUUUUUUUUCAUAUUCACCCUAGAAGUUUAAGUUAUUCACGAAAAUGCCAUUACAUUUUUUUUCUUUUUCUGAAAAUUAUUAUUUUACCUUAUCAUCCUCAUUUUCACCAAGUAUUUACAAUAUUUCCAUUAACAUCAAUACACUAACCACCAUGAACAACUAAUUUGAAGCUCUUAAUGCACCAAACUUUCGAUUUUUACUCUUCAUAUUUCAUUACUUAUGCACACAAAUCACAUCUCUUUCACUCUCUCUUCAAAUUUAUCAAAACAAAACCAAAAUUUUGAUUUCAAGCUUUGUAAGGUUCAUAAAAACAUUUAAGCUCAUGAUUCGUGGUAAUUAACGACUUGGUAGCUUUUGUAGUGAAGUUCAGAGUGCUUGGAGAAGCUAAGCAAGUAAUCUCACAAGCUCAACGUAUAAAAUCAUUUUUUAUCUGAUCUAUUUGCGAAGACUUUCAGAAGACUUCGGGAAGACUUUUUGAAGACUUCGUUAGAUGUGUUCUCCAUCAAGAAGACUUUCCUAAAAGUCUUCUAACUUUCCUUUAUUAAGAAAAAAAAAAUCCCACAAAAGUCUUCUCAAAUCAAUAGGUUAGUUUUACAGUUGACCGAAGUUUGUCAUAAAUUUGACUUUUUGUAGAAGACUUCUCGGGAAGUCUUCUCGGGAAAAACUUCUAUAGAAGUCUUCUGAAAGUUUUCUGAAAUCUUCUCUGGAAAAAUCAAAUAUAGUCAAUUGCAAAAGUAUACCAGGUAGACUUCUUGCGACAUUGAGAAUACUUCUAUAGAAGUCUUCCCCAAGAAGUCUUCUAUAAAAAGUCAAUUUUCUGAAAAACUCUGGUCAAUUGCAAAACUAACAUGUUUAUCGAAGAGAAGUCUUCUCUGGCAUUUUCAAGAAUUUUUUUUUAAUUCAAAAUUAAGUCAAUAAUUACAAAGGAAGACUUCUUAAGAUAUCUUCUGUAGAGUAGACUUCUUAGGAAAUCUUCAUUCGUAAAUUUUCAAUUGCAAAAAUGACCUAAAUAGAAGACUUCUUAAGAAGUUUUCUCGGAAGUCGUCUACGUCAAUGUUUAAUAAACCUUCAUUUUCUCUACAAUCAAAAUGACUUUUUAAUAUUUUAUUAUUAAUUCAUGUGUAUUAGUCAAUAUUGGAACUCCUGAAUAAAAUUCAUAACUUAUUUAGUGAUAAUUAUGUGAUUUCAAAUAUUUAUGUUUACUAAUGUUUCUAGCUAAUCCAAGAAGACUUCUUAAGAAGUCUUCUACAUUAGAUUUUCAAGAGUGUUAAGUAACUUCAAAGUAUGUUUUUAACUUUCAAAAGUGUUUAGUAACUUCAAGAAUAUCAAGUCAUGUGGUUUAAUGUGUCUUUUUUAGAUCAUAAAGUAUAAUUUUUAACAUACAUGAGAUUUAAAAUUUCAAGUUUCACUUAAAAUUCAAGUUUGAUCUUUUGUGAAUUUGAAUAAGUUUUCUUGUGAAGUCUUCUCUCUUAGUUUUAGUAAAUUUGACUAAGUUUUUGUUUUGGUGUGUUUUGUUAUGAAUGAGUAGAAUGGCUAAGAAAAUUUCUUAAUAUGUUGUAUCAAUAACUUCAAUAAUGUCAAGUACUUUUGGAAAAAAACAUGAACAUAUAUACCAAAUUAUUUUCAUUAACAUCUCUUCAAGUUUACAAAAAAAUUCACAACUAAAAUAGUAAACAUACAAAUCAUAAAACAAACCAUAAGCAAAACUAUUACACAUGGAGCUAGAUAUCAUUCCUCAACAUAAUAAGCUUAGAGUCCACUUGAUAUCAUUUCUUUGUACCACUUUGGGCAGAAGACUUCGGAAGACUUCGUGUGAAGUCUUCUAACAUAAAAUACAUUAGAAGACUUCUUCCAAGAGUCUUCCGAGAGGCUUUCAAGAGUCUUUCAAGAAUUUUCUGAGAGUCUUCUGAGAAGUUUUCCAAAGUCUAACUCAGAUCUGAAAAAUAUGCACAUUCAAAAGCAUUCAAAUGGCUUUAAAACAAAGAAAACUUCAACAAUACAUUUUUAUGCUUAAAUAAUAAACAAAACAAUUACAUUAGGUUGAAUCUAUAACUUUUUAGAAUUUAAUAUAUAAAACACACAACAUACAUAUCCAAAAUUUGUACCACUUUGGGCAGAAGACUUCUUGAAAACUUUGUGGAAAGUCUUCUAGCAUAAAAUGAAUUAGAAGUUUCGCAAGAAGUCUUCCGAGAGUCUUCCAAAAGUGUUUUGAGAAGUUUUCCAAAGUCGGACUUAGAUCUGAAAAAUCUGCAUAUUCAAAAACAUUCAGAUGACUUCAAAACAGAGAAAGCUUCAAAAAUAAAAUUUGUAUGCUUAAAUAAUAAACAAAACAAUCAAAUUAGGUUGAAUCUAUAACUUUUUAGAAUCUAAUAUAAAGCACACAAAAUACAUAUCCAAAAUUAGUAUCACUUUGGACAGAAUACUUUGGAAGACUUCGUGAGAAGUCUUCUAGCAUAAAAUGCAUUAGAAGCCUUGCCUAAAGUCUUCCGGGAGUUUUCUGAGAAGUCUUUCAAAGUCUGCCUUAGAUCUGAAAAACCUGGAAAUUUAAAAACAUUCAAGGCUUUAAAAUAGAGAGAAACUUCAAAAAUAUAAUUUUAUGCUUAAAUAAUAAACAAAACAUUUAUAUUAGGUUUAUUUAUAUCAUUUUAGAAUCUAAUAUAUAAAACACACAAUAACACAUAUCCAAAAUUUAUAGAUAUACCUUUGAAUAAGUGAAAGAUGAGAACCAUGUAAUGAAAAACCUGCAAAAAGAAGAUAAUAGUGAGAAGACAUAAGAAAAAAAAAUGAGAAAUGAAUUUAAAGUUUGGUGUUUUGAUGUUCAAAGAGAUUAGAGAGAAGUCGGAGAAUCUUAUAGUGAGAAACAUUAUAUUUUUGUUACAGUCAUUUGAAAAAAAAAAGAAAAAUGUGCAAAUUUUCUUUAUAUAUAUAGGGACAAAAUUUUCAAUUAGGUCUUCGAUACAGAGGACUUCUUCUAAGAGAAAACUUUUUGGGAAGUCUUCAAGACCCUAAAAUCAAAUACAUGAGAAGACUUCUGGUAGACUUCUUGUAGACUUCGAUUUAGCCGAAAACCCUAAAUUUUACUAAAAUUUAUGGAGAAAUAUAUCAGAAGACUUCUUGGAAAGUCUUCUGAAAGUCCUAUUGAAAAGUCUUCUGGAAGUCUUAUUGAAAAGUCUUCAGGAAGUUUUCUAAACCAUAACCUAAUCAAAUAAGUAACUAAAUAGCAAAACAAAGUUUAUUAAACUUAAAAUCAACUUAUAAAUCAUUUAAUACACACAAAAGUAAAUACAUGUAGGUCAAUUUUUUAUAAAAAAAAGUUAAGAUUCUAAAAUCUAACCUUAAAUACAAACAAUACUAUAUCAUAUAUUAGUAAACUCUAAACCAAAAUCUUCUCGGAGUCUUCCAGACCCUAUAAUCAAAUAACUAAGCAAAAAUACUUCCUUAGACUUAAAAAAAACUUAGAAAAUGUUUAAAUCAAGUAAUUAGAUAGUCACUAAACACAUAAAUGUCAAACUAAAAAA